AUGGCCACCGGUCCCUCCUUCACGGGGGAGGGGAUCCCGCCUAUUGCCGCCCAGAAGAUUGGAGUACCAUCCUUUGCAGACGUUGUUUCGUCUAGAACAGCCGUGGAAUUCCAGUCGAAAUCUUUUGCGUCUUUGUCUUCCUCAUCCUCAGGCCCAAGGGUGCAGGGGGUUGUCUCUUCCCAUCGUGGAGAGCCAUCCGUCAGUUUCUCGAUGGAAGAUAUUGAGCGCAUUGCCGCUCCUUUUCAAUAUGCUUUGGUGGGUAAGUUUUCUAGGGGCCGACCGAUUAUGGAUGAUCUGCGAAAAUUCUUUCAUGCUCUUGACUUGACGGCCAAGUUUUCUCUUGGGCUGUUGGAUCGAAGACACAUACUGAUUCGCUUGUCAAACGAGGCAGAUUACUAUCGGGUGUGGUCGAGGGGAUUCUGGAGUAUUAACAAGGCUCCCAUGAGAGUAUUCAAAUGGUCAAUUGAUUUUCAUGUGGAUAGGGAAGAUUCGAUUGUUCCAGUCUGGUUUGCUCUUCCCAUGUUGCCAGUACAUCUCUUCCAUAAGGAAUGUUUAUUUUCUAUUGUUGGCUGCUUGGGUCGCCCUCUCUGUGUGGAUGCGGCGACGGCGAAAGGAUCAAGGCCAAAUGUGGCUAGAGUUUGUGUAGAAGUAGAUUUACUGAAGACAUUGCCAAGUAGGGUGUGGAUUGCGUUUGGGGAGAGGAUGGGAUUUUGGCAGCCGCUCAUCCCAGAAAAUUUACCGAAAUACUGUGAACAUUGCUUCCACCAGGGGCACGUUGUGGCUGAGUGUAGGAUCAAGAACCCGGGCCUGAAGAUUGAGACAUCAAGGGGAGAUGGGGUCUCGCGGCCAUCGCAGGCCAACGCUGGAACGAGCGAUGUUCCGCCUGGUGCAGCAACACAGCAACAACGCAUACAGAAACGAAGGUGGACAAGCUGA